UGAAUAUAAUAUUAUUCUAUUACAACUUCUCAUGCUGUUUCCUGCAGCUGGUGGGCACUAACGGCGUGCUGAACAUCGACAGUAAGCUCCGCCUCCAGUUGUUCUGCCCCCCCGCCCGGGCCAAGCGGACCCCCGGCAGCAUCGAGGUGUUCGAGUGGUGGAGCAAGUUCCCCCGAAACAAGUACAGCUCCACGCUGUACGUCACCGUGAAGGGCAUCGCUCUGCCCGAGCACGUGGACCCGUGCAUGCGCUCCAUGAUGGCUCUGCAGGAGGAGCGGGGCAGCACCUCCUUCUUUGAGCUGCAGAGCGAGGCCACCAGGAGCCUGAUGCAGCCCCCCCACACCCUGCCCCCCCCGCCCAGGUGGAGCAGGCUGCCUGGACAG